ACAAUACAUCUCACCAAGCAAGAAGAUCUCUCUAUAUAAAAACAAAAACUACUACUUUCAAUUCCCACACUCACUCUUGCUCUUCCUCAACCACUUCACUCUCUUUUCACAGCACAAACUAUACAUUUUCGCCUAUUAAUUCUCAUUUUUUAACUCUAAAUUAAAUCAUGGAAACCAACUCGAUUUCCAAAUGGGUUUUGUUCUUCUUUAUUGUUAUUCAAUUGGGUUUCCAAUACAUUUCGUGUAGCGUAACGUAUGAUGGCAAAGCCAUUGUUAUUAAUGGUAGAAGAAGAAUAUUGAUGUCUGGUUCUAUACAUUACCCACGAAGUACUCCCGAGAUGUGGGAAGACAUUAUAAUGAAGGCUAAAGAAGGAGGAUUGGAUGUGAUUGAAACUUACGUGUUUUGGAAUGUUCAUGAGCCAUCUCCUGGCAUUUACAACUUUGAAGGGCGAUACGAUUUGGUAAGAUUUUUAAAGACAGUACAAAAAGCAGGGCUUUAUGCUCAUCUCAGAAUUGGACCUUAUGUUUGUGCUGAGUGGAAUUUCGGUGGAUUUCCGGUAUGGCUAAAGUAUGUGCCAGGCAUUAGUUUUAGAACUGACAAUGAGCCAUUUAAGAGAGCUAUGAAAGUGUUCACUGAGAAAAUUGUGAAUUUGAUGAAGCAUGAAAACCUAUUUGAAUCCCAAGGAGGCCCAAUUAUACUUUCUCAGAUAGAGAAUGAGUAUGGGGCAUUAGAUAAAAAAUAUGGAGCUCCUGGAUACAACUACAUGACUUGGGCUGCAGAAAUGGCCGUUGGAUUAAGGACAGGUGUCCCUUGGAUCAUGUGCAAGCAAGACGAUGCGCCGGAUCCUAUUAUAAACACAUGCAAUGGUUUUUAUUGUGAUGCUUUCAAACCCAACAAGCCUUACAAACCCAAAAUUUGGACAGAGGCAUGGACAGGAUGGUUCAGUGAAUUUGGUGGUGUGGUGCACAAGAGGCCCGUCGAAGAUUUGGCAUAUGCUGUUGCACGCUUCAUACAAAAGGGUGGAUCGUUUGUUAAUUACUACAUGUAUCAUGGAGGUACAAAUUUUGGCCGCUCGGCUGGAGGUCCUUUUAUCACUACUAGUUAUGAUUAUGAUGCUCCAAUCGACGAAUAUGGAUUGGUCAGACAACCUAAAUAUGGCCAUUUGACUGAGCUUCACAAAGCAAUUAAGCAAUGUGAACCUGCUUUAGUGUCUGGAGAUCCAACUGUCAUCUCUCUAGGAACUAAUCAAAAGGCACACAUAUUCCAUUCGAAAUUUGGACAUUGUGCAGCUUUUCUCUCAAAUGAUGAUAAAGCUAAUGCCACACGAGUAUUGUUUAACAAGAUGCGCCAUACCUUACCUCCUUGGUCCAUCAGUAUUCUUCCGGAUUGUAGGAAUAUCGUCUUCAAUACGGCCAAAAUAGGAGUUCAAUCAACACGAAUGAAGAUGUUACCAACCCAUUCCGUGAUGUUUUCAUGGCAAAUGUAUAAUGAAGAUUUAACUACAAGGGACGAAGACUCUGGUUUCACAACGUUUGGUCUUUUAGACCAAGUAAAUGUCACUCGGGAUGCUAGUGAUUAUCUUUGGUAUACAACCAGUGUUGAUAUUGGCUCAACUGAGUCAUUCUUGCAUGGAGGGGAGCAUCCAAAGCUCUUAGUGCAGUCAACCGGGCAUGCUCUUCAUGUGUUUAUAAAUGGGGAACUUUUAGGUUCGGCUUCUGGAACAAGAGAAAGUAGGAGAAUCACAUACAAGGAGAAGAUUAAACUCCGUUCUGGAAUAAACAAGAUCGCUCUAUUGAGUGUUGCUAUGGGAUUAUCGAAUAUUGGCGGGCAUUACGAGAGCUGGGAGACUGGCGUUCUAGGUCCAGUGGUUUUGUAUGGUCUUGACAAAGGAAAACAGGACUUGACCCAUUCAAAAUGGUCAUACCAGGUUGGUUUGAAGGGUGAGGCCAAGGAUGUUGUUUCCAUGAAUAGUAUGUCCUCUGUUGAAUGGGUGCAAGGUUCCCUAAUUGCCCAAAAGAAGCAACCGUUGACAUGGCACAAGGCGUACUUCAAUGAACCCGAAGGCAAUGAACCAUUGGCUCUAGAUAUGCAAAGUAUGGGGAAGGGACAAGUAUGGAUUAAUGGUCAAAGCAUUGGAAGAUACUGGACGGCUUAUGCAGCUGGUGAUUGCCAACGAUGCCAUUAUACUGGAACUUAUCGCCCUUCUAAAUGUCAAGUUGGUUGUGGUCGACCAACCCAACGAUGGUACCAUGUGCCUAGAUCAUGGCUAAAACUGACAGGUAAUCUGCUGGUGCUCUUUGAAGAGAUUGGGGGCGAUCCUACGAGAAUUUCACUAGUAAAGAGAUCAAUGACAAGUGUGUGUGCUGAUAUGUUUGAGUAUCACCCAAAGAAAAAGAAUUGGCAUUAUAAUAGCUAUGGGAAAACACAGAUUAUUCGUAGACCAAAAGUUCACCUCCAAUGCAGUCCAGGUUUUUCGAUUACUUCAAUUAAAUUUGCAAGCUUUGGAACUCCUCUUGGAACCUGUGGUAACUUUCGUCAAGGAACUUGCCAUGCUCCUUCCUCACAUGAUGUCCUUAGCAAGAGGUGCAUAGGGAAAGAAAAGUGUGUCGUUACAAUAUCAAACAACAACUUUGGUCAGGACCCGUGUCCAAACACAUUGAAACGGUUGACGGUUGAAGCUUUCUGUGCUCCAACUUCAAGGGUUUGAGCUUAACAACCGCUGAUUAAGCACUUCAAAACGGCUCCAACACCAAUUGUUUAAUUAGAUUAGUUCUUCAUGUGAUUUAUUCGAUUGAAGCAUAGGUUAGAAAUGAUGGUUUACAUAAGUUAGGGAAAAUCCGCCCCUAAAGGUUCUAAUUGUGAGCCUGGUGAUGGAUCCUAGUCCUGGUCCUCUGGUUUAACCUGAACCAGGAAGUCAGGAACAAGGUCUUAUAUAUGGGGACGAACCCCAAAAAUUGGUUCAUAGAUUCUAUACUAAGCAUUCAUCUCGAGUCUUAUGUGCAGUUCAUGGUGAUAUAUAAAAUGAAAUUUGUGUGGCCAAA